ACGAGGAAGGCGUGAGCUGGGAAUGGUAAUUGGUUUGGUCUCCAUUCUUCCAAUUCACCGAUUGAAUUGACGUUGGAGAAACAGAGAAUGUCGUCCUCCGCCGAAUUCCUUUCGAAUUUGAAGGAAGCAGGGCAGACGGUGAUCUCCACGCGCCGUCCCUGGGGCCAGUUCCUUGACCUCUCCGCCCUCUCUCUCCCAUCCUCCCUCUCCGAAGUCUCCACGCGCCUCUCCCACAACCUGACCUACUUCCUCUUCAACUACGCGCUCCUCCUCCUCCUCCUCUUCCUCCUCAGUCUCCUCUCCCACCUCCUCGCCCUCCUUCUCUUCCUCAUCCUCUUCGCCGCCUGGUACUUCCUCUACUUCUCCCGCGACAGCGACCCUCUCACCCUCUUCAACUUUGUCACUCUCGACGACCGCAUCCUCGUCCUCGUACUCGCUGUGCUGUCCGCUGUUGUUCUGUUUACCACGGGCGUCUGGGUCAACCUCUUUGUCUCGCUGGCCGUUGGGGCUGUGGUGGUUUUCUUGCACGGCGCGUUGAGGAGCACCGAUGAUCUUGUUGGUGACGAUCAGGAAUCCCCCUAUGGCCCUAUGCUCACUGACCCUGCCGGUGCUUACACUCGCGUUUGACUUUCCUCUUUUCUUUUCUUUCCAUUCUUUAACUGUCAUGUAGAUUUCACUGACACUCAAUUUUAUUCAUAUAUGCUUUUCUCAUUCCCAUGUUUCUUCUGUUUUUCAAUCCAUAUCAUACUGAACAUCAAACCUUUAGGGCUGUAUGUGCCAAAAUUUAAUAGAAUUCAUCUUCAACAACGACAUUAGGACAUAGCCAAAAUUGAUUUUUGAAUGUUGUUAUUGGAUGAUCUUGUGUUUGUCUCUCUCGUUGUGUUAAGAGUGCUGCUUUUUAGUAUCGGUUUUACAAUUGACAAGUUUCACUGGUUUAAGAAUGGUAUAUUGACAUGGAGAGAUGUUCUAAUUUAUUUUCUAUUUGACCUGGAGAAAGUGUUAUCAUGAAUAUGAACAAUGUCUUCUUAUGUGAAGCACAAUGAUGCUCCAAACUCAUGUGGAUUGUGAUUGUGAUGGUUCGUGUUCGUAUGUAAGUCAAUUUGAGUCCUGUGUAAUUGGAUGUUAUUAGUGAUUGUUGAUCGCCUACAAUAAUCAAAGACAUCUCUUCCCUUUGCACAAAUAUAUAUUACCGUUUCUAACUAUAGCUUUCAACUGAGAACUGUUCAAAUAAUCACAAAGCAUUUAUAGAUUUGUUCCAAAUGGGCUAUGCUUUAAAUUGGUAUAGCUGUUGAUUGAAAUACAUAUUCCCCUACGCAUAUGUUUUCUUGUGUGCCAUUUGCCGACAGUUUUAUGCCCUUCUUAGCAUGAGCUGAUCAUUGUAGUUAGUUAUUGCAUUGACAUCGGAAACUUGUUUCUUUCUUGACCAUAAUUAAUUCUUGGUAUAACCAUGUCCUUACAAGAGUUGUCCCUGUGAAAUUCUUGUUCACAAAAUGAAUUCUUCAACGCGUGAUUUCUUGCCAGUUAUAUUGUGCAUUCUGAUGUGAACGCCCUGCCACCCAAUUGCUACUUGGCAGGCUUGAUAUUAAAUUGAAUGUUUUUUCGAGUUUCUCCCUUUUCAUAAAGUAUUUCACUUUUCCUAUUUCUACUAAUUCUCCAAGAUGCAUCUCAGGAUCUGCGUAUUUUGCAUGAGAAAAAGAGUUUGUUCGUCCAAUUUUUCUUUCUGAUCUUCGGCAGCCAUAUAGUCUUAUUUGAAUUAGUCCGGCGCUUGAUUUCUUUGAUAUUUUGCAUGCAAGUUGUCUCUAUGUAUUGGCCUUUAAACAGUGUCACCAGUUUAUCUUUGACUCUGCAAAUUUUGCAAUCAGUCAAUGCGAUCAUUCAACAAAUAGUUCCAUGUUUGGAAUUGAAGAUAAACCUUAUUUUGUUCUGUCUCUCUAAACAACAGACUGAAUGAAAAUAAUGUUUACAAUGGUUAUCCGAAAUAAAUGAGACGCUAAUCGAUAGACCGGCGUACUACUCUGGACGGCUCUGGUGCCUGAACUAUGGUCUUCAGUGGUUAAAUAGGAAGUUAAAAAGAUAACAAUUUUGGUCAUAGGAUUUUUAUACCUUUUCAAAUCCCUUUUUGAGAAUUUUAAUUGUAGUCCCAAAUGUCGUUUUAAUUUCAUCACUCUUUGGCACUUUUAAUGUGUUGUGAAAAAAAAUAUUUGACAAGUUGAAUGAACGCAAAGUCAUUUAUGAAACUUCAAAGAUAUAGUUGCAUUUGUGAAAAUAUUACAUUUCGUUUCGCUCUGUAGUUAUCUUAAACUCUCUUUUCCCUUGCCAACAAGCUUUAGGUUACUUGAAAUAUCACCAGUUUGGGUUAGUCAUCCAUGAAGGAGCAACAAAGUAUAACCUUAGAUGUGUGGCUAAACUAUGUUGGGUAUUGUGAAAAAGGGCAACACAAUUUUCCAGCGUGUAUUGUUCUUCCGGUAAAAAUAACGCAUUAUCUCCUCCGUUGGCUGAACAAAAAGAAUUCUUCAUUCUUCCAAAUACACACAGCUAGCAGAGUUCAAGUUAACACUGAACUAUCCUCAGCCUACUCUGGUUAGUUAAUAGAGCGAAUCAUUUCUUUAUUUCUUUUUUCCUAACUUUAUUUUGUCUUUGCCUGAAAGAUUAACCUAAAACUUAUACAAUGUAAUUGAUAUAACAGCAAUUCGAGUUGUAACAACAUAAUCUCAAACUAGCAAAGAGACUUUGAAGAAAUUUUAACUCGUGA